AUGGAUUACUGGAUAAACUAAAUUAGAAGAAUAUAUAAUUAAUUAAAAAAUAAGAGUAUUUUUUAAUCCUUAAAUAGUAUUGUUUAAAUUCUCAUAAAAUAAAUAUUUUAAUUUUAAAUUAUCUAUUAAAAAUGCUGCUAAAUUUUGACAUUAUGGGCUGAUAAAUGUAAGAAAGCAGUGAAAAAAAUUAUAAAUAAUGCUACUCAAAUCUCUCUGAUCAAUCAGACCUUAUUUUUGAAAGCACUAGAA